CGUCACGAAGGAGAGCUUCCACUCAUCAGAUGCUACUUUUUAUAAGUUCUCUCAAUUGUGAGGCACACAUGAAUGGUCGCGAAUCGCUUUUUGAAUAACUUCUGCACAAUGACCGUCCAUUGUUAUUUUAAAAACCACGCUUAAUUCCGACUUCGGACACUCUUAAGAACUCGCGCAGUCACUUGUUGUCAAAAACCAAACACUGGAUAUGUCGUAAAUUUUUUUAACUAGAUUAACCUCCCGUGACUUACAUGAAUAUUCUUUUAUGCGGUGCAAAACAUGACUUAAUUUUAACAGCUUAUUGAUAAAUAAAAUUCUUCUCUUACUAACCGAAAAAUGCUUCUCUAUAGCGUCACUGCUCAUACUCUGUGUGCUCAGCUGAACUCACGUGCGGCAACUCAGAAGGAGUAAGAAGCAAGUCGAAAACUUAUCCGAUUUGGAAAAGUGUGAUGCAUUGCUCUCAGUGACCAUUUUAUGCUGGCGUAAACAAAUCACUACAGCUAUGUUGUCUAUGAACCAUCACAAUGAAAGAAUUACCUGCUCGGCGGCUUUUCAGUCUCUGCGUUAUAAGAGAAUUAUUAGCAGAUAACAUAAGUAAAGGAUUAAAUAUUAUGAUAAAAAUAUAAAUCGGUCUAUUUAUAUUUUGAAACGCGAUCUGCAGGGGGGAGUAUUCCACACAUGUAGCUUAAUAACUAUCUCUCCUUUCAGUUCCGGCUAAAACGUAACCAAUAACAGCUUACAUUUCCACCAUACCGAAGAGCUCCGUUUAUGCAAAAGAAGGCAGUAAAAAGGAUUAUUGUUACACGAUUUAAACAGAAAGAGAGAAUAGCUCUCGGAAGUGAUUAAUUCAGUAACAGGCAAGGAGAAUCUAGGAAAGUGGACUUCGUACUGAUCUAUACCCUAUGAGUUUACAAUGCGGUGUCAUUCGCAUAAUUUGCUCAGUCCUGUAAGCUCGCUGCUUUAAGGCAGAGUAUAAGGUGGAAUAUGUAAGAUAAAAAGGCGCAAAAAAGGAGAAAAGGCUCCAGCUCUUUUUGGAGAUGGCUUUGUUCCAGAUUGACCCAGUAUCCACGAUACCCAGCAUCUUGGAGCGGCGUGGUCUUCUUUACUUUUCCGCAUUUUGCGUCAUCGUUAUCAUCAUUAUAGGUCUAACCGGAAAUGCCCUAACCAUCAUUGCUCUCGUCCGAUGUCCACGUGUUCGAAGUGCCACGGCUGCAUUCAUCAUCAGCCUGAGCGUGGCAGACUUCAUCUUUUGCUGCAUCAAUCUUCCCUUUUCAGCCUCCAGAUUUAUUAAUCAGAAAUGGGUACAUGGUGACACUCUUUGCGUCCUCUUCCCCUUCCUGAGGUACGUUAACGUUGGCCUGUCUCUGCUAUCCAUCACUGCCAUCGCCAUUAAUCGAUACAUCCUCAUAGUGCAUCCCUCACUCUACUCAAAGGUUUAUCGGAAACGGUAUAUUGCUGCGAUGGUUAUCUUCAUCUGGUGCUUUGCAACUGCUAUGAUUCUUCCCACAUUACUGGGAAAAUGGGGAAAAUUUGGCUAUGAUCCGGCUAUUUUGAACUGUUCCAUCUUGGAAACUAAUGGACAAUCUUCCAAAACAUUUCUUUUUGUCUUUGGAUUCGUUGUUCCGUGUUUGGCCAUUGCAAUCUGUUAUGCUCGGAUAUUUUGGGUAGUUCGAAAAAGUAGAACUCGAGUUCAGAAGCAUUCGACGUCCGAGACUAGUGCCCAGCGAAAGGAUAGAGAAGCCAAAAGACGAAAGGAGGAAUGGCGAGUAACGAGGAUGGUGCUUAUAAUAUUUUGCUCCUUUCUGCUUUGCUAUUUGCCCAUAACUAUCGUAAAGGUUUCUGACCAGCAUGUACAGCGUCCAGAGUUACAUAUUGUUGGUUACCUACUGAUCUACUUGAGCGCUUGUAUCAAUCCAGUGAUUUAUGGCAUAACAAACAAACAGUACCGGCAAGCUUACAAGACAGUACUACUGUGCAGAAGGCCUCGAGCGCUCAGCUUCAGCGGUGGCAGCCCACCUCAGCAACAACAUGACGAUUCUACAGGGGUGCGUACCACAAUAUCUCUGGUCACUUCUGUUCCCAGUGUAUCCUAUGGUCCAGACUCUGUGUUUGUGGAGGAAAAAACGGUUUGAACUUCACGAACGUUUCAGGAAAGCGUAACUAUUUCCCAUCAACUACCUCUACUAGUAAAAACAAGCCAUAAUCUAUAAUUUAUUCGCAUUCUAUGGAUGAAAUAUAUCACUAUAUUCGCGCUACUUUAUUUUAGCAUAUUACUAUCUUUCUUCCCUUAACUCGUAGAAGUGUUAAUUUGUCCAUUAAUCUUGCAAUUCAUUUUAAAAUCUUCUUCAGCCAUUUGUGAAUUUGAAUUUCUCCAUCAAUCUUGUAAUUCAUUGUAAGAACUUCUUCAGCCAUUUAUACUUCUAGUUUAAUUUUUACUAUCAUUGUCACAUUAGCUGAGAGAACUGAAAAGUUAUAUUUUGCAUAUUAUUCUAGAGUAGAGCUUUCUGUUUCUUAGCAAUUCAAGGCAAAAUUAAAUACUUAAAAUUAUUUUUUUAUAUAAAACAAUAAAAAGUUUACGAAUCUCUUUGUGAUAGUAGAAGUACUUCGAACUUUUAUUGUGACGUUAUCGCAGUUGAUUAUGUGAAAAUGAACAACUAUGUUUGCCUCAGAAAACUGAAGGAGGAAAAAGAUGGUGUGUUCCAUGCAUAGAAUAUUAUUUAUGAUUGUAGAUCACGUUGCUUCGCUUGUAAUUUUUAAGAGGAGUUCUGAGGCAUCAGAUAAAUGUUAUUUUUUUUUCAUUAACCCAUGUACUGAACUUAAUAAACAUCAGCCAUAACUGGAAAUCAGUAUUUAUAAAAUGUAUGUGCAUGAAGAUUCUUCUAAGAGCUCGAAUUACAAAAUCUUAUGCAUACAUAAGUAUUCUGAAUAUGGGUCACAUUGACCUUCAAAGUGCCGUUUAGUUUUAGUUUGUGAUGUUGAAAAAAAUACAAAAAAAUGUUUUUGUGAUUUCACCUGUAGUUUUAGCUUUGUGUUAAAAACUUAAUCAUGGCUAAAGCAAAUUUAAGCGUUAUAUAUUCUAACACUAUUUUCAUGAAUGAUAUAUUGUAAUUUGCGGCGGUGUUGGUGAUAAGGAACAUUAACAGUAACAAAAAUGCAUAGGUAAGAGAUCAUGAGGCAGUUUAGUACGAAACUUCUCAGACUUUGGGCGACACAAUUUAACAAAGAUAAAGCAUUUAAUAGCAGUCAAGUCUUCGAACAGUAUUACCUCAAAAAGUAUUAUAGAAAAUGGCAUUUCAUUUAAUGUAUUUUAUGAUGUGUGUGUCUGUGUAUCCAUGUGUGUGUUCAUUUUUCACGGUGCUGGGUCAGAUUGUUCAUAUCACCAUUGUCUCAGUGUGGAUUGCUAAGCUGUGUAUAUAUCAUUUUUGUGAACUACGUGUGAACUUAAUAACGAACUCCGCUUUUACUUACAUUGCAGAUGUUACGGAACUUGAAAAGUGAGGUGAAUUAAAAGAAAGAAGAAGCAGGGUUGUAGCAACUUUUGAUACUGCUUUUAUAUGACUUUGUCUUCCUACUUUAUCUGAGGUUUAAAUGAGAAGAUGCAUUGUUGUUUAUAUAAUAUAUAUACUUACUCAUAAUAAAAAUUUAUUAGUAAAAUAUUAA